AUGUCGUCUGCUUCAGAUAGUCAGAACCAGACCAUGAGCUUUGGAAACAACUCGCUGGUAAGUUCCUACUCUUCCUCGUCUAUUUCGCUUUCGUCUCCUCGGAGCCCUAAAAAAACCUCCAAACCCUCUAUCCAAUCCAAACCUACGCACGACAGAGCAACCUUCUCUUCCUCCCAAAGGCCGUCGAAGCCUACCACAACACCCACAAAACUCCCUUCCAAAACCUCCAAAGCCAUCGCUACUCUUCCGGCCGAGACCUCUCAACCAAAACCCAAAAUUACCCAUAAGUCAGAGCCCAAAAAACCUUCAAAACCGAGGCAGCAUCUGUCAUCCACGGCUGCCACUAAGCUUUACACCAAGCUUGCCCCACCACCAUUCAUUCCUAACAUAACCCCGAUGGGUGCAACGCAUGACCCACUUCCAACCUACCUUCACAACACCCCAUCUCCAGCCGUGCGUCCACCGCCUCCACUUUCAAUCCAACCCUUAGCAACCAUCUACUCAGUCGACUCAGACGCAUCUAGCCAACCACUGCAUUCGUCCAUCGUCAUAUCCUCCCCUGGGAUGCCUCAUACCCCAGUAGGCACCCCUACAUUUACUCCACCCAUACCCCCCCUCUGA